UCCUCCUCCCUCCCUUCUUCAACUAACUCUCUCUCCCCACCCACCCUUCCACUUGUCUUUUUCUUCCAUAUUCCUCCGCCCUUUUUCUUCCCUUUAUUUUUCUUCCUUUCUUCGUACUUUUCCUUGAGACAGCCUGUUUGUAACCCGUAUUUUUAUUUUUAUUUAUUUAUUUUUAUAUGCCCAAGCAAGUCCUUUCCUUGUAUAAAAUAGUGUUCUGUUUUACCCGUUGUACUGGUUGUUGUGGUUGUCCUUCUCCGGCCGGACAGGUCUCUUCCCCCCUUCCCCCCUCCUUUUUUCUUCCUUUUUUCCCUCUUUUGAUAAAAGCAAGUAUAUAGUAGUAGUUGACUCUAAAAUGGCGCGCAAAAUUAAGGGGAGGCAAAACUGGACUUGACUUUUCCUUUAGUAACUGCCAACUUGUUCAGGUUUUGCAAUUUAGUUUACAAGUUAUUAGUAAGGGGUUAGUGAAAGGGAAAUUAGUGAAAAGUUGUUUUUUAAUUUUAAUA